AUGGUCCUGGUGUUUGAACGAAGCAAUGGGGCUGUGAUGUGCCAUGAUGACACCAAGCUUUCGAACGGAUGCUUCAGCUGGGAGGAAGAGCAAGAGGAGGCGGUGGUUAUUGUGGCUGGAGUGGAUUCUGUAGGGAGGCUGCCUGGUCUAGGCCCUAUCAGAAACUUACACGAAAUAGAAAUCGUGGAUCCUCCGUUCAUGGAAGACGACGGCAUGGAUUUCAGCCCUCAGAAAAAUAGUAACGAUCAUGAGCGCGACAGCUUCGAAGACGAUGAAUUCGUCGACAUCCAAUCUGCAACCUCCAAAUCAUCUGCUCAUUCGCAAGUCCCUACGGACAAGAAGCCGAAGCCAAAGCCCAAGAACAAACCAGAGCAGGCCGAGAAACCCAAUACGGCCAAUGUGAACCAAACUGCUGCUACUAUGAGCAGCCCUGCGCCGGCCCAAACAUCCGAAACAGCGGCGACGAGCGCGAACAAUCAUAAUACUGAACCCGUGGUAGGCAAUGGCAUCAGUUUGGACAGCAGCCGCAGCACUCGUAGCAGCUGCCUGGAGAGCAGCAUCAGCUCGGUUUCGGCGGCGUCGUCAACGGCGCCGGCGCAGGUGAAGCGGCACACUGGCGGGGACAGCCGCUGGGAGGCGAUCCAGCAGGCGACGGCCCAGGAGACGGCCCUGAACCUGGGCCACUUCCGUCUGCUGAAGCGGCUGGGCUACGGCGACAUCGGCAGCGUGUACCUGGUGGAGCUCCGCGGCACGUCGGCCUUCUUCGCCAUGAAGGUGAUGGACAAGGCGUCUCUGAUCAGCCGGAACAAGAUGGCCCGAGCGCAGACGGAGCUCGAGAUCCUGGGCCUCCUCGACCACCCUUUCCUCCCCACCCUCUACACCCACUUCGAGACCGACAAGUUCUACUGCCUCGUCAUGGAGUAUUGCAGCGGCGGCAACCUCCACUCCGUCCGCCAGAAGCAGCCAACCAAGCAUUUCACCGAGCAAGCCGCCAGGUUCUACACAGCUGAGAUACUGCUCGCGAUGGAAUACCUGCACAUGCUGGGGAUCGUGUACAGGGAUCUGAAGCCGGAGAACGUGCUGGUGAGGGACGACGGCCACAUCAUGCUGUCGGACUUCGACCUGUCGCUGCGGUGCACCGUCUGCCCGACGCUCGUCAAGUCGUCGUCGGUGCACAGCAACAGCGGAAUCGGCGUCGGCGGCGCCGGCACCGGUUCGAGCUCCGGCGAGGGCGGCGGCGAGGGCCUGGGUCCCAACCAGGGGUGCGCCCAGUCGUCGUCGUCCUUCUUCCCGCGCAUCCUGCCGCGCCGUAGUCGGAAGGCGUCCAAGAGCGACGUGCAGAGCCUCAACGCGGCGUCCGCGGUGGAGUUCAACGCGGAGCCGACGGAGGUGCGGUCCAUGUCGUUCGUGGGCACGCACGAGUACCUGGCCCCGGAGAUCAUCCGCGGCGAAGGGCACGGCAGCGCCGUGGACUGGUGGACGCUGGGCAUCUUCCUCUACGAGCUGCUGCACGGCACCACGCCCUUCAAAGGCGCCGGCAACCGCGCCACGCUCUGCAACGUCAUCGAGCAGCCGCUGCGGUUUCCCUCCGACUUCGGGGGCUCGGUAGCAGGGGGCGCAAGCUCCGUGGCGAGGGACCUCAUCCGAGGGCUCCUCGUCAAGGAGCCACAGAAGCGGAUCGCCUUCACCAGGGGCGCCACGGAGAUCAAGCAGCACCCCUUCUUCGAGGGCGUCAACUGGGCGCUGGUCAGGUCCAUGGCGCCGCCGUCGGUGCCGGAGCCGGUGGACUUCCGGCAGUACGCGGCUGCUGCCAGUGGCAAGGAAAAGAAGGCGACGGACACCGCUGGGGGCAAGUCCAGCACCGGCGAUCAACCACAGUCUGAUUUCGAGUAUUUCUAG